GGAUUAUAUAGCGCCAGCUCGUGAUGAAUGCAAGCUUCAAAUCGCAGACCAACAUUUUCGCAUCUUCUUCUUCAUAUCGGGCCAUUGUUUCAAUCAGAGUUUCAACAAGCGUCUAAGAUGUCUUCAGUCCUGGCUCUUACGCAGUCACCACUGUCCGCAAACUUUCCAAGCACAGACUGGGCCCACGCUGAGAGAUACAGCCUGGCAGAUGUCAUACGCGAUAUCAAGAAGCACCUGGGCAGUUCCUCCGGCAUCGACUCGAAUGAUGUCGACGAGGAGUAUCUGAAAGCACUUCUCCAAAGAUACCACUCGAGUCGAAGCGACUGGUCGACGUACUUCUACAACGAUAAGUCCAAAGCGUACACGCGCAACGCGGUGGAGAAUGUGAACAGAAAAGCCAAUAUUUUGUUGCUAGUGUGGAACCCUGGCAAGGGUUCGCCGAUACACGAUCACGCAAACGCACAUUGCAUAAUGAAGGUUCUGGCCGGAAGGUUGACUGAGACGGUCUACUAUCCCCAGGGAAACCAGAGCUCCGAGACGGCGCCCCUUCGAGCGAAAUCAGUGUCAACUUAUGGCCCGAACGAGGUCACAUACAUUAGCGACCAGAUCGGGCUUCACCGUGUUUCUAAUCCGAGCUCCGACGAGGUCGCUGUGUCUCUGCAUUUAUAUACGCCUCCGAAUGCUGCUGAGUAUGGAUACCACAUAUUCAAUGCUGAGACAGGCAAGGCUAGUUUCGUCCAUCAAGCCAGGGCGCAUGCUGCGACAAACUAAGAAUUAGAACUAGGACGGAUGGUCGUCUGGGCCAUGGAAACCCGGGGUUGGAUUACGAUUUAGACGCUGCAAUGAAGAUACCCUGAUGCACUUUUAAUUAUGUAUAUAUAUUCUUAUGCGGUACUCUCCCUCUAUUGGUGUGUUGCUCGGC